CUUGUUAGAUCUUCAGAUAGUGAGUUAUAGUUGAAUUUGAUUGAAUUGGUUGUUGUCGGAAAUGAUUGUUGUUGCUCAGCAUCGGAAUCAGUUCCAUGGGAGAAGCAGGGCACAUGGUCCUGCUCGAUUUGGGUCAUAUGGUUCACCUCCUUCUGGUGGGUUUAGGGAGGUAAAUUGUAGGGCUUUUGAGUCCAGAGCAGGUUUAUUUCAAACCCAAUCGAAGUCUGUCAAGAAACCUGUCAACAAAAGAGCCUCCUCGGGUUUCUUGUCUCCCCAAAAGCGAUCACCUUUAACACCACUGCCUGUUAAUACUGUUAAGUUUUACUCUGAAGAUCAGAAGAAAUCAAGAAAACCAGGCAGAAGCAACACGAUUACUAUACCAUUUAACCUCAAUGGGGAUGUUGGUUCUAGGAAUGAGAAUUCCUUGAGUGAUGAGUUUCCAUUCUCUGAACUAUGGGCAGGGCCAGCUUAUUCGAAUUCUCCUCCUCCUAGUUCUCUGCCCAUGCCCAAGUUAUCCCUCAGGCCUAAGAGGGCUGCCUCUCUUGAAUUUCCUGUUUCAGCAUCUGAUAUUGAUUUACGUCCCUUCGCCAAAUCUGCACCAGCAACCCCAACCAGGGAGCGCAGCCCUUCUCCAGGAAUUGUAUUUGACAGUAUUGACUUUGCGACACAGACUCUUCGUCGCAUGCUCAACCUUGAAAUUACAGAUUAAUGAAUGUAUGGUAGGAGUGCUGAGUAGCAGCUAAAUAUGGGGUUAUAUAGUUUUCGUAUUAGGUAAUAGUAGAUGGUACAUAUGGUGAAUAAAACAGUUUUUAG